AUUAUCAAGCUACUUCAGUUCUACGGUUUCUGGAGCCACCCCUACCAAGGGCAUCGUUUGUGGAAACCACUGUGUCAUAUUGGAGUCAUCGUAAUGUGCCUUCUGGGUCCCGGAGUAGUCUUCAUCGUACGCAAUAGUUUCGACUUUGCGAGUGCCAUCAGUGCCGCCAUCGAAUCGAUGGGAUUCAUCAACACGGUUCUGUUGGGAACGAACCUGCUGUACCACCGUUCGGCUCUGGAAAGUGCGUACGGAGACAUACGGUUCGCUCUACAGACGGCCAAGUCCGCUGCGAACGCCGAGGUGUUACGAAAUAUAAAAUUUCUGGAGAAGUCCACGAGUUUCCUGUUCAAGGGCUAUACUGUGUUCCAGUCGGUCGUGGGAACUGGCUACGCUUUGACAAUUCCCAGUUUGACGCUGGUUCAUUACACGAAGACUGGUCAGCUACCUCCACUGCAUGGAAUAUUCGAGGCAGACUUCUUCGUGUUCGAUUACACUACCAAAUUCUGGCUGUGGGUGGUAAUCAUCGUUAUUGGGAGCUUCGGUAUGCUGUGCUUGAUCUCUGUUCUGGUUAUAGUGAGCAGCUUCAACUGGAGUUUAGUGCACUAUCUUAUCGGUUUGUUUAAGAUGGUACACAGCAGACUAUCCUGUCUAGACGACCUUACAGAUCAGCAGUCACGUCAAAAAGAACUCAACGAAAUAGUUCUACUACAGGAGCUCGUCUAUAGAUGUGCACGAACGGCGGAAAAUGCCUUGAACAUAUUCUUGCUGACGCAAUUCGGAACGUGUGUCGUUGCCAUCUGCUUGACAAUGAUGACCCUGACAUUAGCAAGCAACGACCGGGAUUUGCUGAUCAAAAUGGUUCUCAUGUUGGCGUACAUUCUCUUCAACAUCUUCGUCUACUCCAUGCUGGGACAAGAGCUCAUCUCUACGAGUACUUCUGUGGCUGAUGCCGCCUACGGAACACGAUGGUACGAUUGGUCACUUUCUGAGCAACGUAACGUACUGUUCGUUGUGAGCAGAUCUCAAAAGAUGGCAGCGCUGACCACGGGAAAAUUUUUCGUUGUCAACCGAGCGACGUUCGCCGCGACUCUGCAGGCAGCCUAUUCCAACUUUACCAUCCUACGACAGAUGCUGGACUCACGUUGAUGGAACUUGAGAGUGGUAAUCGACAGACGGAGACAGAAGAUGGUAAUAAUAUAAUAUGAUAUGUAUUGAAUCAAAGACACCUUUCAUUACGGCGCAGUAUCAUAACGUCCGAGGCCAUAAUGCCCCAGGACAUUAUGGCGCAUUUUUUCGGGGCAUAACGUCCAAACAUGCAAGUAUGUCACGAAGUCCAAGGAAAGAAGGCACAUUGGAUCUUAUGACGCAUCCAAACUAUUGGACGUUAUUUCGCAAAAAAAAAACGCGACUUAACGACCGGGACAGAAUGGCCUCGGACGUUGUGAUCCGGCCCUUUUCAAUACGAUGCACCCAAGUAGCACCUGCAACUAAAAUAGAAAUAAUCAUCGUUUUAAACAUGUUGCAACUGAGUAUUCAUGAAACAAUGAGUUAUUAAAUAGUUAUAUUGUGAUUUCGGAUGUUUUCAUUCGGAUUCAGAAAAUAAAAACAUGUGAAACAAAUUUAAAACCAAUUCAAAACCUGUUGAAAAUACCAAACUGAGGUAUAACAUGUUAAUAACAUCUAGCAAAAUCAAAACAAACGUCAUCUUUAUUCGAAACUUGCGAAACCAAUUUGUAACUGAAGUAUGAUCUGAUUGUUUCAUUGAAUCUUAGUUACAACCAUUUACAAAACAUUGACACUAAUGGUUGUAAACAGUGCUGAAAAAAAUCAUUUCGUCAUAUCUAAAUUCAAUCACUUACAGCUAAUUUAAGAAACCGAACCUGAGAAUAUGGCAUAUGAAAAACUUGUGCGGCUAGACCAGUUCUACAUGAAAGUCACGGAAAACCACCAUUUUGCAAAGGUUUAAGGUAAAUGUCACGGACUACCUUCGAAAAAUCCCAAUGAUAUUCACGGUGAAUAUCAUUUGGCUUUUUUCAAAAGUAGUCCGUGACAUUUACCUUAAUUAUUCGAAAAAUGACAGUUUUUCCGUGACUUUCUCGCAGAACUGGACUAGCCGCACAAGUUUUUCAUACACCGUAUUCUCAGGUUCAGCUUCUAAAAUGAGCUGUAGGUGAUUGAAUUUAGAUAUGACGAAAUGAAAUUUUCAGCACUGGUUAUAAACAUGUUGCAUUUGGAACUAAGCUAGAACGUAACGAAAAUAAUUGACCAUAAAAACUAAAAAAAAAAAUACAAAUAAAAUCUACCUUUUUCUUCAUAAAUUUAUCGACUUAUUCCAUAAGUUCAUAAGAUUGAAUCAGAAAAAAAAUCUGAUUAGAACAUUGAGCCAAUAAAAAAACUAGGGGUGGGUAAUGUCCGAGAUAUAACCGCAAUGUUGACGUAGGACAAAGGCUGGAACGGUCAAAACCAAGACACGCUGUCAAAAUUCAAAUGGGUGGAGUGAUGCGUUGUGUUGUAAAAUUGUUAUGUAUGAUCCCCUUCGCUGAACACAUUCAUUGACUAGUUAAUUUAUUUUGAAGGUCAAGAAUUAAUUUAUUUUGAAGGUAAAUGAUCAAUCAACCGUUCUUCGAAAGUAUUUUCAUUGAACGGAUAAAAUUAUUAGAAUAUUAAAUGGCGCUAGAAAUACCAUUUUGAUUGGAGUUUCACGUAAAGUAAAAUAAUCUGGAUACGACAAACGUUGUUUACAUCUGAAAAGAACAAUUAGUGGCUUCUGUCGGUCGCUUUUAAUUAUCCGAUACCUCUUGAGGAAUCAUUUUCACUGAUCCUGAAAAGAAUCGUUUAAAUAACAGAAGAUUUUGGCAAGACAAUUGCAUGAAUUCAACACGCAAUGCGAGUUUAUUUUAUCCGCACUGAAUGCUGAAAGCCAUCGAAAACUGACGUCGCUUGCUGCCGUGGAUGAGAUUCCUGGUGCUAUCAGCACCAUAGUCGAGAGUCGUUGCUGAGUUGAUGUGCAGCUGCCUAGCUGGGAAGUGAUAUCCACUCUCCUUGACUGAUCUAUGGAAAAUGACGAAAAGAAACAGAGGGAACAGCUUUUAUGCCCCUAAAAGUAGUAGUAAAUUUUCAUUGAACGGAUAAAGUAACCAAAAUAUUUAAUGGUUUAGUUCAUUUUAAUUUGAAAAAUAUUAAAAUUAAAUUUUGUGUUUUACGCAAAAUUGCCCGAAAAAUGGAUAUUGCGUUGCUAAAAUCCGGUUGGAACCAUUAGUGGCCGGCUUCAUCGCUGUUGCUUAGCCACCAAGUAUUCAAUCUUUCACUUUUCGAUUACAUCACACUUUUCCCGAUCGAUGGAAUAACAUCCGAUUCACAACUCUUGAGGAAUCAUUUUCGAUGGCCCUGAGAAGAACCGUUGGAACAAUUGACGAUUUUAGAAUGAAUAUGACAUGAAUUCAUCAUGCCACGCAAUGCGAGUUGGUUUUCUCAGUGCUGAAUGCUGAACACCAUCGAAUAUUGACCCGCAGCUUGCAGCCAUGGAUGAGAUUAAUAUCUUGCUUCACUUUUGCUGAGCAACGAAUCUCUCAAUUUUUCACUUUUGAGUUGCACUAAACAUUUCUCGAUUGAUGGAGGAAUCCAAUCCAAUUUAUAACUCUUUAGGAAACAUUUUCGGUGGUCCUGAAAAGGCCCGUAUGAAUAAUGGACGAUUUUGAUGCCACGAAAUGCGUGUUGGUUUUCUCCGCUCUCAAUGCUUGACGCCGUCGAAAACUGGCCUGCCGCUUGCUGCCGUGGUCCGUGGAUGGAAUUCCUUGUGUAAUCGGCCGAGAAUCGUCGCAGUUGAUGUACUGCCAGCUUUGAAGGUGACAUCCACCUCCACCCUCCUUGACUGAUCCAACGAAAAUGACGGAAGAAAACAGAAGUCACUGCUUUUAUUCCCCUAGAUUAGCAGAUUAGGCUCCUCCCAUUUGGCUGGCUUUCCAGGUUAUUUCGUUUGCAUUACCCGCCCCGAAUGCUCCUGACGCAUCAAGCAACUAAUCAACCGAGAAAUGAGAAAAUUUUCAUUGAACGGAUAGAGUAACCAAAAUAUUGGAUAAUUUCGAUCAGUUUGAUUCGGAAAAUGUUUCAACUUAAUUAUUAUUAAACAAUGUUUCACGCAAAAUAGUCCGGAUAGAAUAAUACGAUGUUAAAUUCUGGGUGGAACCAUUAGGCCAUUAGUGACCGGCUUCAUCAUUAUUGCUGGGCCACCAAGUAUUCAAUCUUUCACUUUUCAGUUUCACCACACUUUUCUCGUUCAAUGGAAUAAAAUUAGCUGAUUCACAAACUCUUAAGGAAUAAUUUACGGUGGUCCUAAACCGUUUGAUUAAUUGACGAUUUUAGGAACGAAAUGGCAUGAAUUCACCAUGUCACGCAAUGCGUGUUGGUUUUCUCCGUGCUGAAUGAUAAACGCCACCGAAAACUGGACCGCCGCUUGCUGCCGUGGAUUAGAAUAAAGUCCAGUUUCACUAUUGCUGGCAACGAUGCUCUGUCUUUUGCAUUUUGGUUGCACUACUACAUCUCGAUCGAUGUUGGAAAUUAUCCAAUUAACUCUUGAGGAAUCAUUUUCGAUGGUCCUGAAAAGGACCGGUUUGAAUAAUGGACGAUUUUGAUGCAUUCACCAUGCCAUGCAAUGCGUGUUGGUUUUCUCUGCGGAGUGCGGAGAGUGCU